AGCCUUUGGCUCAGGCCCGUGCGACUCAGUAAGACUUUGGCUCUGCAGCAGCAUCACCGCGUCGAGCUCCGACCAGCCUGGAGUCGAGUAAUGGAUUCGAAUAUGAAGAGAGGAAUAUUGUCCAAUGGAAUUGCUGUGGCUCUUCUAGCCUCGGUCUCUCCAGCAAUGGGGCUGAGCAAGCUUGCUGCCUUGGCCCUUGCAAUCCAGUGGGUCGUGUAUCUCAUUCACGGUCUGCCAUACCAAAGCGAGAAGUUUUACGACGCAAGUGGUUCUCUUACGUAUUUAGCAGUUGUGCUAACUGCGCUCCUAUCCAAAGAGCGGCACAAUGCUAGGGCGAUCAUCAGUAGCUUCCUAGUGGUCAUCUGGUGCACGCGCUUAGGCUCGUUUCUCUUCGCACGAAUUCUGAAAGAUGGCCGCGACUCACGAUUCGACAAGUUCAAGGAGCAUUGGCUCCGCUUUUUGGGCGUCUGGACCAUCCAAGCUCUCUGGUUUUUUCUUGUGGCAUCCCCGGCCCUGGUGGUUUCAACCUCCGAGGGUUGCGAUGCGCGUUCCGUUGGUCUGCUAGAUGCCAUUGGCUGGUCUGUGUGGGUUGCCGCGUUUCUUCUCGAGGUCGUGGCUGACGCUCAGAAGGGUUCUUUCCGGGCCAACGCCGCAAAUGCCAAGAAGUUUAUCACGACCGGCUUAUGGACGUAUUCACGACACCCGAACUAUUUUGGUGAGAUAUGUAUGUGGAUUGGUAUUUGCCUUUCAGGAAGCAGUUGCUUCACAGGCGCGCAGUGGCUGUCUUGGCUGAGCCCUCUCACGACUUACGUCUUGCUUAUCCAGGUGAGCGGCGUUCCGCUGCUCGAGGCCAAGGGCGAGAAGGAGUGGGGCGAGCUCCCUGAGUACCAGUGGUACAUGAAGCAUACGCCAUGCAUCAUUCCAGCGUUUACCUGUCCGCCUGCGUACAGGAAGGACAGCUAGCACGGCACCGAGCGAGCGUACAGGUUCACAUUUUCCUUGGCACGUGUCCUGCAUUCGCAGAGAUCCUAUGUGUCUCACUGCGUGUACUAUCGAUCUUCGGCGGCGAGCAUUCUCCUUCUUCCUUCCGUCUGUCUCACUGCAUGUGCUAUCGUCCUUCAGCAAGGACUCAGCGUGUUCCAGCAUCUGGCCGUCACUCCUCCGAGUUUGUGUUGCGGAUGUUUCGCGGGAUACAGUCUGAGGUCGCCGAAGAUACUUUCUGGCGCCGAGGGGUGUCGGGGGAACCAGCUGCAUAAACAGAAACUUUCCACGGUCCGCCCGGAUUUCUUGGACCAGCUCCGGACUCUCCUCCCUUCGGCCAUCCUCGGCGCGCGGAGCGCGGCAGGGGCGGCGCUAGAGGCGUUGCCAUGGGGUCCGAGCCAUUCCACCAAGUCCGAGCGGAGUUCAGACAGAUGAUGUGUGUUUCCAGUAGCUGUUUCUCCCGAGUGUGGCCUGCCAGGUUGCGAGGACGAGGGUCCCCGUGCCGCCGCAUUGAGCCUCCUGGGGGGAAAAGCAACUUCGUCGCUGCCCAGCCUGGUGCUUCAAGAGGAGG